AUGUCGAAACCAGGAGGGGGGAGUGGAUUGUUUGAAGCAUGGCUGCAGGAGCGGAUAAAUGCAGCCACGGGGGCGCAAAAGGGGGAACCCAUUUCGGGUGAAACCAUUAGGAAAAAAAUGAAGGAUGAUUUAGUGGGAACGUGGGGGGAAUUGCAAAACUGGGUAACGAGGAAAAAUGAGUCCAAUGAAAUAAAGAACUUCUGCGGGGACAUAACAGGGACGUGGCCAGCGAGCAACGGACUGGUGGUGGGGGGUGUGAAGGAGGUGUGCAAGGCAGUUGCUGAAAUAAGGUAUUUCAUGAGUGGUGUGGAGACUAAGGGGGGUACGUACUUGCACCAGGCAGAUGGUCAAGCCGACAUUACGCCUCUUACCCCUGCUCAAGCUUAUGCACGUUGUAUUGUUGGCGCGGUUGCCCUUUCUACAAUUUAUGGGGAUCAUUGCUAUUUGGGGGAAAUCAUGCAGCAAAUAUCAACUGAAGUGGAAGAUAAGUUAAAGGGCACACACGAAAGUAAGGGGGCACAGCCGGAUGCAUGUGCAGGAAUUACCGGCACCCACUUAAUGCUCGGUAAAUCCAUCCUGGCUGGUACAAUUAAGGAGUGGGAACGAACGACGGAGGACGCCUUGCGCGCAUCAAACUGGAAGGAUGCACCGUGGAGGCUCAUGAAAGCAUGGAAGAAUUGGCCGCCGAAAUGUUCGAGGGAGAGACGAGAGCAGGAGUCGAAGCAACAUUUGAAGGCUAAUGCAAGUAGAAUGACGGACUUCAUGAAACUGGACACCACUCCUCCUGGCAGCACUAGUGCUGUGUCUAUAGAAGAUAUACUAGCAGAUCCCGGCGAUAAGUACACAGUCACAGAGGAAAAAUUAACGAAAGCUUUUGAGACAGCAAUAGUGAAUGCAGGUACUGGUGGCAGCAUGGACCCCGUGGAUUUAACGAAGGCAAUAGUGGACAAUCUGAAGAAAGAAUCUGAGGAAAGAGUAGCUGAAGUAUGUAUUAAGGACAAGAGCAGCAGCGGCGAGGAGAAAACUAUGUGUGAACGCUUAACUUGCAUGAAACAUCUAUGGGAAAAUAGUACAACAGCAGGAGCAGCAGGACAAGGAGGGAGCAACAACAACUUUUGGGACGAAACAAAUGGCUCUGUGAAGGAGCUGUGGACAGACUUGUCCACAGCAAUGAACACAAAUGGCACACAGGAUAAUGCAGAUUGUAAUCAGAAUGCCAAUGGAACUGAUGCAUCUCCUUCUGAAAAGGCGGCAUGCAAAUUUUUGCAUGCCGGCUUAAACUAUCUGUAUACGGGGACGACACCGGCGCAGCCGGUGUCGUCGCCGACAGGCGACGUUUUAAAGGACAACCCAUCGUUUAGACAAACGAUGGGUUGUUUUUUACUUCACGCUUAUGCAAAACACAUGAAAGAAAAAGCAACUUGUCUUAUUGAUGAUGGUAUAAAAAAGGCAUUUGACACAGCUGGGAAGGGUACUAAAAUUGCUGUUCCAUGCAAGUGGGAGGAAUAUAAGGACAAAUGGGAAGAUUGCCUUCAGAAAGUUAACAUAAGCAGCACAUCUAGCACUGCGGAGAACGCAAAGAAGAAAGUAGACGACAUCCUGCAGAAGGACCCCAAAAUAGGUGACAUGGCAAAGAAAAUAAAUAAAGUGGAUAAACUCUGUGACCAAGUCAAAUGUGUAGUUAAUAGGUGGUUAGAAGAAAAGAAGACAGGGUCAAGUGACUUGGAUAGGGUGCGGAGUAAAUUCACAAGUCAAAUCACCAAGCUUGAGGAAGGUAUAAUUUCGUAUAAAGGAGAUUCAACUGUCAGCGGCCUCUGCAAUAUGCAAGAUAAGGAAGGAAAGGAGGCUUGCCUCCUUAUAGCAGCAGGAUUAAAAAACCUCUACAACAUCCCCGCCAACGGCAAUGGUAACGAUGCCGUUACGGCAUCACUCGAAAGAACGAUGCGCUGCGUUUUAUUAAAUGCCAUCGCAGAUAAAUUAGAAGACCAAAAUUUUCCAUGUAAGGAUGAGAAGAAUGUAAAGAAUGGGAUAGAUAAGGCAUUUGAGAAGAGUAUUAAUGAAAAAAUUAAGGAGGCAAGUACUGGUUGCAAUGGUAAUGAUAAAUGUUUUACGUGUCCGAGGUUUGCGAUAUCUGCUGAUUGCAAAGUUAAAACAAAUGACAAAGGCGAACUACAAUUGAAGAAAGAAAUUGAUCCCAAGUUGAACGAUACUGGUCUUUCUAGUAAAAGUAGUUUUUUAAGGACGUCUUCUCUUAUCAAGACCAUAUGUAAACCAUGUACAGAGAAAACCUUCUGCGGAAAUCUUACAUGUGUAGCAAAUAAAUGGAAAGAGAAUAAGGGACAAACCGGAACGGCAUCCUGGGAUGACGUGAAGAAUGACUUUGGAGCAGCGUUAGAAUCACUGCUGGAUGGAAUGAAGAAACCUGAGAAUCAAACAGCAGUUGCAACGGAAUACUGCACUACAGACAAGGACUACUUUCCUUGGGAGGCCAAUGCAGCCGGUGAAGCCAACAGAACUGCCUGCGAACUUGUUGCAGCAGGUUUAAAGCACAUUUCGAGUAUUGAGCAUGAAUAUAGCGCGCAGAAUAAUUCGUCACCUCAGAAAAAUAAGAACCCCUUCGACAACCAAGAGUUUCAGCAGUUAGUUUCUUGUUUCAUGUUAAAGAGAGUCGUUCAAGAAAUGAAAGAAAAAAGUACAAUUUGCGAUAUAUCUAAAGGAAUUGAGGCAGGUUCUGAUGCAUGGCGCAGUAUUAAAGGAAAAUGCACAAGGCAACCUUGUAUUGAAUGCAAUUUGGAGAAGGUCAAUUAUGAAGGUUGCAAAAUUGGCAGUGACAAUGCCAAUGUAAAGGACGAAUUGAACAAAAUACUCACGACAGACAAAGCGACCGAAGUCAAGACCGCUCUCAAGGACAUAACCGAAACGAAGGGAAACAAGGGUCCUUCCUUAUGUGAUCGACUACAAUGUCUAGCAUCUCGGGUGAAGUUAUCAGGCAAUGAGGACACAUUCUGGAAGGAUGAUGUUAAGAAAUUGUGGGAAGAAUUGGCAGAGAAAAUUAAGGCAACUAAAGGGAAAGGAAACGGAAAUGGAGAAUGUGAUAAAAUGGAAAAUGCAACUCAUUCUGAGAAGACGGCAUGCAAUUAUUUGCAUGCCGGCUUAAACGAACUGUACAACGGUACGACGACGUCAGUCAAGGGUAAAAUUUUGGACAACGCACUGUUGAAACAAACAGUGGGUUGUCUAUUACUUCAUUCCUAUGCAAAACAUAUGAAAGAAAAGGCAACUUGUCUUAUUGAUGAAGGGAUAAGCCAAGCUUUCAGUUUGUGGCAGGACCUAAGUAAGAAAGCACCUUCUUGCAAUGGUAGUGCUGGUGCCAAGGGACAAUGUGUCCCUUGCCAAUGGGAUGAAAAUGACAAAUGGGAAAGUUGCCUUGAGAGAAUUAUCAUAAAUAGUAAUACAACCCCAAAAGAGAAUGCAAAGACCAAAGUGGAAGACAUCUUCAAGGACGACAACCCCAACAUGAAGGAUAUGCUAACUGACAUAAAUAAAAUGACUACUUUAUGUGACGGUUUAAAAUGUAUAGCAUCCCACUUCAAUUCCUCUGACGCACAAAAGAAUAAGUCUAAUGUGGAAAACUUUUGGGAGAAGGAUGUUAAGAACUUGUGGCAAGAAUUGGCAGAGCAAAUGAAGGUGAAUGGGGGUAAAAGUGGCAGCGGAAAUGGAUGUGAUACAAUGGAUGAUAAUAAUGGCAAAACUAGAAUACCCACCACCCCUGAAAAGAGGGCAUGCAAUUAUUUGCAUGCCGGUUUCGAAAAACUGAAGGGAAUUACAACGAAUGAUAUUUCGAAGUACCCCAUCUUAUCCAAACAUACAUCGUUGAAAGAAGCAAUGGGUUGUUUCCUUCUUAAGGAAUAUGCGAAACAUAUGAAAGAUAAAUCAAAAUGUGUUAUCAAUUCCGGUUUAAAGAAGGCUUUUAAUUCGUGGAAACCAACUGGUGAUGGUAAAUGCACGGGCGAUAGCCCGUGCAUUGAAUGUAAAUGGGAUGAUAACUUGGACACUUGUACAAUUACCACAGAUAUCACCCCCGAUAAUAUAACCGGUAAAUUAAAAACACUAGAGUCUGAAAUGGAGAACGAAGCAACUACUGCCAUGAAGGACAUAAACAAAACAGAAUCUUUAUGUGAAAAACUCCAAUGCGCCGCACCCAAAUGGUUCCAAAAGCACAAGCAAGUUAACGGUAAUAGUGCAACGACGAAGACUUGGUGUGAAUUCUGGGAUAAGGCUGUUAAAGAGGAACUGACGAAGAUGUUCCAACAAAUCUCUCAGAAUGGAACAACGAAUGCAACGAACAAUAAUGGUGCAUGCGAAGCAUUUGGAGAUAAUAAUCCUGAUAGUGUGGAAAGAAAAGCAUGUAAUCAUAUCGCGGCAGGAUUACAACACAUUAAAAACAAUGCAAAGAGUGGUAAUGACCAACUGUUCGAAAGAACAGUUGGUUGUAUUGCUCUUAACAUGUACGCUGAUAAAAUAAUUGAAAAGUCGAAGGAUAAAUGUCCCAUUGAUGAGACAACAAUAAAUAAAAUGUUCACUAAAUGGAAUGAAAAAAAUAAUAAUAAUUCUUCGCCUUCGACUCCAUGUAAUGGUGCUAAUAAUAAUGGUUGUUUCAAAUGUAAUAGGAUAUCAAACUCAGAAUUUAGUAGUUGCGAACUAAGUGUUGACAGUUCUUUGAUGAAUCCAACACAAAACGGAAGUUGCAAUGACAACACCAACAGAAAAAAUGUCCAAACUGAAAUGAACAAAUUCCUCCUCGAAGACAACAAACCACCCCAAUUCAUCCCCGAAGUAAAGAAAACCUUAACUACUAUCACUGACAUGAAUAACUCUUUCUGUACUCAACUCCAAUGCGCAGCAAAGAAAUGGAACUCGAAAAAUGGCCAAAAUGGAAAAACACCAUCUUGGACCAACAUCGAAGGAGACGCCAAGGAUGCAUUAAAGCAACUUCUAGAACAAAUGACGAAGGGUCAGACUAAAUCGAACGUUGGCGAGUUCUGCAAAGAAAGCAAUUGGAAUACUUUAGGCCAUAAAGAAAAACAAACAAAUAGAGCAGCUUGUUUGCUUUUUGCUGCAGGAUUAAAACACAUUUAUGGCCGCGGUAGCGGCCACACGUUGGGCCAUGUUAAUGGCCCAACGUUUGAACAAACGAUGGGUUGUUUAUUUCUUAAAGAGUAUGCAAAACAAUUGCAAAAAAUGGCAGAAGAACAAAAAAAGUAUAAGGUACAUCCUAAUUGUAGCGUAGAUUCGGGCAUAGAUUACGCUUUCAAUCAAAGUAAUGCCAUUAUGAAUGACACACCUCCAUGCAACAAGAAUGGUCCUAAUUCUUGUUUUGAAUGCAAAUUAAAAGAAGAUUAUGAUGGUUGCUUCAUUGGCACUGACGAAGUACAGGACAAAGUGAAACCACUGUUCAAAGACGACCAAAACAAAGAACAUAUGGAAAAAACAUUAGAGAAUACAGUCUGUCCCAUCCUUCUUACGGAUCUCCUUACCCCUUUUCUUCCUUUGGCUCCUGUCUCCAUUGGCCUUUCUGCUAUGGCUUAUUACCUUUGGAAGUAUUUUGGUCCUCUUGGUAAAGGAGGACCACGUUUCAGAAGAUCUCCUACUGAAAUCCCUGGUUCAUCGGUACAGGAACAAGUCCUCGGUCAUGUGGAUGAAGGUGCUGCACAUGAAUAUCGUUUAGUGAAGGAACGAAAACCUCGUUCUGCUCCAACCAGAACGAAACGUUCCGGUCGCGAUCCUGGUGGUAGUGGUCGUGUGAAUCGUCGAACGAUUAUUGAAAUUCAUUUUGAAGUGUUGGACGAAUGUCAAAAAGGGGACACACAAUUGAACCAGAAGGAUUUUCUGGAACUUUUGGUUCAAGAGUUCAUGGGAUCCGAAUUAAUGGAGGAAGAACAGGUUCUUAAGGAAGACGUUCUUAUGGAACGAGUUCCUAUGGAAAGUAUUCCAAUGGAACUUGUUCCAAGUUUAGGUUCCGGGUUUAUGGUUUAA